GCGCAGUAUUGAUUCCAGUAGCCUACGAUUCGAUUGACGGAUUUGGAGCGACGCGUUAGUUACAGUGCGAGAUUAGCUCCACCUUACAAGAGAUCAAGAAAAACUGCGCGAUUCAUGACGCCCCACUUGACAUCACACCGUGGACACGAGGAGGAGAGAUGCGCUGUUAUUAAUGCGGGCCGGUCCAGCGCGCUGUACAGUACAGAGCUGAUACGCACUGACGAGUGAAGAAGAGACGGAACAGGAUAUAAACGAACGUCGCGGGAUACUCACAAAAAGAAAAGAAAAAAAGACAAUUUCUGGAGAGGAAAUAAUCUGAUCAAGACCAGUGGUACAGUCUUAAUGCACUUGAAAAGCAACAUUGAUAGCGACGGCGUAUUUUUCUGGAAAAGUACAGCUCCCAAGAGUGGAACGGCUCAAUUUUAAGGUGUGGACCAAUUAUGUUGCUUUUUUAUUCUUCUUCUAAAACCAAAUCAUAGGUUUAAUGAAGUGCGUUGCUUGGUUCUAAACUAACAUUUAAAAAUAAUAUGGUUGGGAUAUUCAGAACAACUGAUACAAAGUUUUUAAAGCUAUAAUUUCAAUUUUUUUGUCUUGGUACCAUUUAGUAGUCUCAUUUUAAACGGAAAAUAAAGGCCUAAUAUCAACUUUUGGGGAUGACAGACUUUUAAUAAUAUUGCCGAUCGCUUUGAAGAAUUUAACUCCUAUUAUCAUUUUAUGCAAUUCGGAAUAUUACAUUGGACUGUUCAUUUAACAGGCGCUCUUAUCCAGAGCUAUUUGGCCUGCAGUGUAAUUUCACCAAAUCUAGAAUAAGAAUAAUGUUAUGAUUUAAACAGAAUCUUACCAACUCUUCAAAGACAUCUCGUUAGUUCAUGUCUGUCUCAAGCAGCAACCAGCGACUUUGUGGGAGAUCAGCAGUCAUGUCCACCGAGAAAAGGUCAGAAACUUGAAAACGCACCGCCAACGACGACUGAAAUGUAACGAGGAAGAGAUCUGUGUAAAUUUAAAUCGCGCUACGGCACUUACAGUGCCAACUACUAAGCUAGACUCCUUGAAGUUUCAACAUUUCCAGCUACCGAUUGUAUAAUCAAUUAUUUCAUUUUAGAAAUGUAUACAUUUUACAGUAAGGAAAUGGCUGAUUAGACUGAUUACUGAUUUGACCGUCAGAAAAAAAUCAAGAGGGCUGUAAUCCGUAUGGCAUAGUUCCUUGAGCAAACUCCAUUGAUCCGUGUCUUAUCCGUUAAUUCAUCUGCGUUUGGGUGAACAGAAGGGACACAAAAAGGAAACGGAUAAACGGCAGACGGAUUUGACCGCAAUAAUGAGAGAUCGCAAUCUGGAAACGACCAGAUCUCAGGAAGAAAUCACGGAGGAAAAUUCAUUGAUGGAUUUAUACUGUCAGUGACAGGCUGGGCGGGGGGCCAAGCGGUGGAUUGUAAUAUAAUCGAGCCCCCUUCCAUCAUUCGUUCCAAUGAGUUUUAAUUCUCAGUUUCCUCAGGACUUUGCUUUGCUGAAAGGGCUAAGUUGAAAUAAAAACGACGCCUCGUCGGUUCCUGUAUUCCGCUCUCCGUCGACGCACGCCCCGGUUCGUCAUGGCAGCGGGUCUGGACGGCGCCUGCCUCACCAUCCCGGCGCUGGGCGGCAGGAACGCGAGCGGCGGCGUUGCCGCGCCCCCCGCCUGCAACCAGAGCGCGGUGAAGCUGCCGCCGUACUCCCCCGAGGCCACCGCCGCCUUCGCCUCCGUCAUCACCCUCAUGAUGCUCUUCACCAUCUUCGGCAACAUCCUGGUGAUCAUCGCCGUGCUGACCAGCCGCCUGCUGCGGGGCCCGCAGAACCUCUUCCUGGUCUCCCUGGCGGCGGCGGACAUCCUGGUGGCCACGCUCAUCAUCCCCUUCUCCCUGGCCAACGAGCUGAUGGGCUACUGGUACUUCCGCUCGGUGUGGUGCGAGAUCUACCUGGCGCUGGACGUGCUGUUCUGCACCUCCUCCAUCGUGCACCUGUGCGCCAUCAGCCUGGACCGCUACCUGUCGGUGUCGCGGGCGGUCCGGUACAGCGUCCAGCGCACGCCGGGGCGCAUCAAGGCCGCCAUCCUCGUCGUCUGGCUCAUUUCGGCGGUUAUCUCCUUCCCGCCGCUCCUGUCGGUGAACAAGAGCCCCGGCGGGGCGGAGCUGGGGGCGGGGCCGCAGUGCCAGCUCAACAGCGAGCGCUGGUACAUCCUGUACUCUACCAUCGGCUCCUUCUUCGCCCCCUGCCUCAUCAUGAUCCUGGUGUACGUGCGCAUCUACCAAAUCGCCAAGCGCCACACCCGCUGCCCGCCAGGGUCCACCGUCCCCCCGCCUCCUGCAGUACCGGUGGCCCCUGAGCAGAAUGAGGAGGGAGCCACCAACUCCCGAAAAAUAAGUGCUAUGGGACCCCCUACCGUUCUUCUGCCACCUGACCCCACCUUGCCUGCCACCACCCCCACUCCUGCCCUGACCCCCAUAGGGCCCUCUCCUUCACCCUUCCCCUCCCUGUCCUCCAGGCACCAGCCAGAGGUGACCCCCAAACCCAGGGAGGGCCAGAGCAGGAAACGGAAGAAGUCGGGGAAGAUGGUGGACAACAACAAUGGUGGCAGCUCCAGCUCUGGGUCGGACGGCGAGGCCGGGGGGGGAUGUGCAGGUGGAAGGGGGACCCCUAGCGUUGCGGGUCCCCUGCACGAGGCCUCCCGAUCCCAGGGCCUUCGGGACACGGUCGUCACGGCGUCGGGGACGGCGCUGGUGGAGCAGCAGAAGGCCAGGGUGGAGGUCACGCCCAACACGGCCAGGCGCAAGGCCGUGCUGAACCGCGAGAAGCGCUUCACCUUCGUCCUGGCGGUGGUGAUCGGCGUCUUCGUCAUCUGCUGGUUCCCCUUCUUCUUCACCUAUAGCCUGAAGGCCAUCUGCCCGGAGGCCUGUGCCCUGCCGGAGCCCCUCUUCAAGUUCUUCUUCUGGAUUGGCUACUGCAACAGCUCCCUCAACCCACUCAUCUACACCAUCUUCAACAAGGACUUCCGCCGCGCCUUCAAGAAGAUACUCUGCAAGAACACAAAGGACACCGUGUUCUGAGUGGCGGAGGGAGAAAGGAUUGACACGCCAUAGAUGUGAUUAACCGAUGCAGGAUCACACUGCGUACUGUACAAUCUCCAACAACCAUUGAGCCAUUUAUUUAUUUGACAGACUUAACGAAGUUGUGCUUAAGUAAUAGGACAAGCCAUGCUGUGUACUAAUGUUUGUCUUCGCCCAACACCCCUAUGACUCAAUGACUCAUUUGUGAAGGGAUUGGGGGGGGGGGGGGGUUGUAUGCUUUUAUACUGAGCAAGCAGUCGAUUCAAAUGAAUGCUGUGAUUGCUGAAGGUUUUUCUUUUUCUUAAAGGGUUGGGUGGAAAGUAGCCGGAGAGGAGUACUCCCCCCCCCUUUUUUUUUAAAUGAAAACAAGUAAUCAAAAUGAGGAACGCACAACACUGCUCUCUUUUUUGGAUUGUUGGAGGUUCUUGGCAUCAGGGAUGUCCACAGCUUGGACAGUUUUAAAUGCAAGAGACAGCACUUAUUUUUGAAGUUUCUACAACAUUUUUUUAGGUGGGGUUCGCCUUCGGAAAAGCCUGUGUAUAGCUUGUUGCCUUAGGGUCUACUUAAAAAAAAAACACCUUGUUGUUGGGGGAAAAGGCUUUUCAGACAAACAGCCAAAUUUGCGAACUUGCAGAAACAUUACAGCACAACACUUAAGUGCAGUCCAUUUUUCUUAAUAAUAACUUUCCUUCGUCUACUUUUUCUGUCUUGAAGGUAUUCUGUGGGUUGCAGGACCUCUCCAACACCCUCCAGAAAGAUUCAAUUAGUUAUUCUCUCUUCUUUCUGUACAAAAACGAAUAAUUUCUUAUGGAGACUUCGUAUCAAGUGAUUGACAUUGACCCACUGGUAGGAGAAGCUGCUAAUCCAGGAAGUGGGAGGAGUUCAGUGAUUCACAGUUCUCUGAAAGACUGAAUUGUGCAAGUAGUUUGUGAACAGUGUAUGGCUCUUGGUGCCACUUUCCCACCUACAGAACCACACUAUUAACCCACCUGUAUGGUCUCUGAAAACAUAAUACACACAAAAAUGUUGUUGGAUUUUACAGGAACUCCUAAAUGGACUGGACGGACUGGGUCUAGCGAAGGCAUGCAGAUUGACCAGGCAUUAGCCCAUUUGACCUUUCUGCCAAAUCACAGAGUGAUCGGCCCUGGACUAAUUAAAAAGAUGCUCUGUAUAGCCACUGCUGUUAAGUAUCGCUGUGUGCGUGCUUAUGAGAUUGUGAGUGAGGGAAUACAGUAUAUUGUUGCUUUUGUAUGUUUAUAUGAGCCUGUGUGCGUCUGUAAGAUCCCUUGCCUCUGUACGUGUGUGGAGUGAGUGUGUCAACACAUGGGAGUGCAAAUGGGUUGGGGUCAGGGUUCUUGCCUGUGUGCGUGUGUGUGAGAGAGAGAGUUACACUGAUGCCUCUGUGUGUACAUGUUUAUGUGUGGGUGUGUGCGGGCACACGUUUUUUUUUGCCUCCGUGUGUUUGCUUUAGUAAGUCUGCGUGUACUGUACGUGUAACGUGCGCCAGAAGCGAUCCUGUUCUUCACUAAAUCAACUGUUGUACAGUGCUGUCUGCUCUGGACUGAUUAUACUUUACACAUGCUUUGCCUAAAGUGAUGUUGUGAAGUUCUGCUGUGUGUGCAUGUGUGUGUGUGUGUGUGUGUGUGUGUUUGUUUGAGAGACUCUUGGGCAGCUGGUAUACUGUGCAUGUAUGCCACCAGAGAGCCUGUUCUUAACCAGCUGGUGUUCAGUAGCAUGUGAUAAAGGUCUUCUAACGUCCCCGCAGUGUGUGGCCUGAACUGUGUUUGGGUCCCUCUAUGUGACUCACCUUAGGAACAUACAGGCAUAAUAAAAUAGGCAGGAGACGAUGGCAGUGACUGCGUAGAACCUAGGGAGGAGCUCCACCAAACAUAGUGUAUGUUGGUAAGAAGAAGGUUGGUUAGGUGACUGUCGUAUACUUUGUUCUUCUGAAAGGCUUUCAGAUACAGCCGGGCAGUGUCUAAGAAGUACCAUUGGCUUUGUUCUUGUCAACAUACAUGUACAUAGUGAUUGGUGUGGAGCUCCUCUCGGGUUUCUGUGCCAAAAGUGAAGACACCAAAGCUCUAUUGUAUUAUUCCUGAGAACGUACAGGAGGUGACCGAGGUUGGUUGGACGUGGGCUGCACUUGGAGAUCAUGUGGAGACGCACAGCUGAGAGAGGAGCGUAUCUGGUCAAGAGGCGGUGAAGCUCUGCCUCGCAAAACAAGAAAAUGCAACGCUCAAGCACAUUCUGUGUCAUAUUACGGUGAAUUUUGUUUUACUCACGUUCGCCCCAUUUUUCUUUACUAUUUUGAUUUCCCUACUGUUCAGUUGAGGUAUCGUGGAGGUCUGUUUGGGAAAAAUGUUAAACUGUCAACAUUUCUGUGUGAGUGAACACGUGUGUGUGUGUGUCUGAGUGCACACGUGUGUGUGUGUGUUUGUGUGAAUGUUUUGGACAAUUACCUAUUUAUUGUUUGCCUCCUGCAGUAUUGUUCUUUAAAUUACAGCAAGCUACAACAGUGCACAAAGAAAAAAUUCUGAGUGAUGUGAAAAGGAAUAAAUUCAUCAAAAUGA